AUAAAUUUUCCCUAGAUUUCUCAGCAACCAAACACCCCCGCGAGGAGAAUAUCGUGAACCAUGACGACAAUCAGCCUUCGCAAGGGUAACACCAGACUUCCACCGGAGGUGAAUCGCGUGCUCUACGUGCGCAACCUUCCAUUCAACAUCACGAGCGAGGAGAUGUACGACAUCUUCGGCAAGUACGGUGCGAUUCGUCAGAUUCGGAUCGGUUGCAACAAGGACACUCGCGGCUCUGCUUUCGUUGUCUAUGAGGAUAUCUACGACGCCAAGACCGCUGUCGACCAUCUAUCCGGUUUCAACGUCGCGAAUCGGUACCUCAUCGUGUUGUAUUACCAGCAGGCGAAGAUGAGCAAAAAGUUCGACCAGAAGAAGAAGGAGGACGAGAUUGCGAAGAUGCAGGAGAAGUAUGGAGUCUCUACCAAAGACAAGUAAGAGAAAAACAAAAAAUCAUGUUUGAUUCGAGUGUCAAUGGUGUUCCUGUUACCGCUGCGAAUUAGGGUUUAAUUUGGGGAUGUGCAGUUUGUAUCCGUAUGUGCUUGGUAGUGUUGUUAAACUUGUUGGCCAUGUGCCCUUUAUAUCUACCAAUGAAUGAAGUACGAUUUUCAACUCUAAAUAGUGAUUCGCUAUUGUGUUC